GUGUGGACCUCCGGCUACCGGCGGUGAUUUGUAGCGCUCUGCGUGCCGACCGCAGCUGUCGCCGGCAGCGUUAGACCUGUGGUGAGAGAUUUAUUGGAACAAAAGCCCACAACUGGAAGCAAACCACGACUGAAGAUGAGGGAACAGCAGCAAAUGAACCAGCCCGAGGACUGAGAGCAUCAACUGGAGAGAACCCUUCUGACUCAGGGUUUCCAUUGAUUCAGUCCGGAGCAAGUUCGCUGUGCAGACCAACCAUUCAUCUGGGCAGAAGAUGUUUUCAUGGCUUUAAAACUGUGGCACUUUAUAUUGACAGUAGAUCAAAGAAAAUCCCAGCUGUACAUCAACAAAGGGGGGAACCCAUUCACCUGCUGAGACAAUGGGAAUGGAUUCAGUCGGUCAUCUCAGCUGAAGGUGCAUCAGCAAGUUCACACUGGGACAAGGCCAUUCACCUUUUCUGUGUGUGAGAAGGGAUUCAGUCGGUCUUCCCACCUGUGGACACACCAGUCUGUUCACACUGAGCAGAGGCUGGUCAUCUGCUGAAUUUGUGGGGAGUGUUUCACUCGGUUAUCUGACCUAAUGGCUCACCAGCGAGUUCACACCGGGGAGCGGCCGUUCACCUGCUCAGACUGUGGGAAGGGAUUCACUAAAUCAUGUAAACUGAAGGUACAUCAGCGAGUUCACACUGGAGAGAGGCCGUUCACCUGCUCAGACUGUGGGAAGGGAUUUACUGUGUCAUCUCAGUUACUGAGACACCAGUCAGUUCACACUGGGGAGAGGCCAUUCACCUGCUCAGACUGCGGGAAGGGAUUCAUUCAGUCAUCUCAUCUGAAGGCACACCAGCGAGUUCACACCAGGGAGAGACCAUUCACCUGCUCAGUCUGUGGGAAGGGAUUCACUUGCUCAUUUAAUCUGAAGGUACAUCAGCGAGUUCACACUGGGGAUAGGCCGUUCACCUGCUCAGACUGUGGGAAGGGAUUCAAACUGUUCACUCACCUACUGACACAUCAGCGAGUUCACACUGGGGAGAGACCAUUCACCUGCUCAGACUGUGGGAAGGGAUUCAUUCAGUCAUCUCAACUGAAGGUACAUCAGAGAGUUCACACCAGGGAGAGACCAUUCACCUGCUCAGUCUGUGGGAAGGGAUUCACUUGCUCAUUUAAUCUGAAGGUACAUCAGCGAGUUCACACUGGGGAUAGGCCGUUCACCUGCUCAGACUGUGGGAAGGGAUUCAAACUGUUCGCUCACCUACUGACACAUCAGCGAGUUCACACUGGGGAGAGGCCGUUCACCUGCUCAGACUGUGGGAAGGGAUUCACUCAGUCAUAUCAACUGAGGGUACAUCAGCGAAUUCACACUGGGGUGAGGCCGUUCACCUGCUCAGUGUGUGGGAAGGGAUUCACAAAGUCAUCUGCUGUACUGAGACACCAGUCAGUUCACACUGGGGAGAGGCCAUUCAUCUGCUCAGUGUGUGGGAAGGGAUUCGUAGAUUCAUCUCAACUGAAGGUACAUCAGCGAGUUCACACCGGGGAGAGGCCAUUCACCUGCUCAGACUGUGGGAAGGGAUUCACUUGCUCAUCUCAUCUACUGAGACACCAGUCAGUUCACACCAGGGAGUGACCAUUCACUUGUUCAGUCUGUGGGAAGGGUUUCAAUUGGUCAUUUCACCUGCUGACACACAGGGAAAUGGCCGUUCACCUGCUCUGUCUGUGGGAAGGGAUUCAUUCAGUCAUCUCAACUGAAGGAACAUCAGCGAGUCCACACUGGGAAGGGGCCGAUCAGCUGCUCAGACUGUGGGAAGAAAUUCUCUCAGCCAAAUCAACCAAUUGUGCAUCACUGAGUUCACACUGGGGAGAGGCCGUUCACCUGCUGUGAACGUGGUGAAGUAUUUACGGUGGACAUGGACUGUGCCUUUAAAUGAGAGAGAAAAACUGUCUGCAGUACUGCUGCCUGCUUCUUGGUUGCCAUGGUGAGAGAGAGGCGGAGUUAUGUGAUGGACGGUUCGAUGUUCACAGUUGCUUCUUGGUUGCCAUGGUGAGAGAGAGGCGGAGUUAUGUGAUGGACAGUUCGAUGUUCACAGUUGCUUCUCGGUUCCCAUGGUGAGAGAGAGGCGGAGUUAUGUGAUGGACAGUUCGAUGUUCACAGUUGCUUCUUGGUUGCCAUGGUGAGAGAGAGGCGGAGUUAUGUGAUGGACAGUUCGAUGUUCACAGUUGCUUGGUUGCCAUGGUGAGAGAGAGGGGGAGUUAUGUGAUGGACAGUUCGAUGUUCACAGUUGCUUCGUAGCGUGUUUAUUUAAACAAGGUCAGAUGACACUCCCAGAGACACACAGUGGGACACCGGUUAAGGCGACCAGUCAGUGAAAGGAGGCCAGUAACAGAGGAGUCACUGGGUGGAACUUUCGAGUGCCCACAAGCGAGGGUUGAGGAUCGAUCAGGGGAAUUGAUCAGUGGCUGUCAUGGUGUGUGGAAGGGCUGACCCUGUGGAGGCUACCGGUGUGUCUACCCUUGCCUGGGUGGUAGUUUACCCUCGAAGAUGGUCCCCUUAGUGAUAACCUGUGUUUGGCUAACUCGAGAGUGGAUUCGGAGCCUGAGGAUGGAAGAUCAACGGGACCUGUUUACUCGUUCUUCUCCCAGUGUGGUUUUCACCUUGGAUUACAAAUACCUUCCUCACACACACCAAUUCCGUGGAUUGAACUGAACUUCCUUACAUCACUAUCGUGAGACUUUAACUCUUGCCACUCGAGCUUGAGUGUGUUUGGGAAUUAUAUUUACAUACAUAUAUAUGCAUAACACUACUAACUUUUGAUUUACCUGGAUUAAGUUACUAUAUUAACUAGAUACUAAUAUAUAGUGUUUUUUAAUAUCAAAACCAGACUCCAGGUGUGCUCUAUUGCUGCUGGUUCAUUUAGACCGUUACGUGUACGUAAACAGAUUCAUUCAGUUAUCUGUCCUUAUGACACACCACCAGGUUCACACCGGGGAGGGGGUGUUCACCUGCUGUGAAUGUGGGAAGCGAUUCACUCAAUAAUCUAACCUUAUGUAACUCUCCCUCGGCUAGCAGCUUAAUAUAGGGGGUGAUAGCUCCCCAGCUCGGCCAGACUUAAGAAAUCUCGUUUGGGUGGAUGCUGCGCAAUGUGUGCCCUGUUACAAAAUCAGUACCCCGAAAUAACAAACAGUACACAAUAUGUGAUUAAACAAUUGAGCUUCAUAAUUCUUACUUUGACUAUUGGGUUAGUGAAGAAAACAAGAAAAAGGGUCCACUCUCUCCAUCCGCGUCUUCUCAUCUCUCCCCAGCAAAAGACCACGAAAAUCUCUCUUCCAGACUCACAAGGAAGAACAUUUCUGUCAUUGGAUACCCCGCACUCCAAAACCCUGUUAUCUCUAUUCGUAACCUAAACAUUGCUGCUGCAGAGAAACCAUUACCUCAGCAGUGAUACAUUGCAGAGAGGCCAUUACAUGAACAGUGAAACCUUACAGCAUGUUACACUUGUGACACACUGCUGGCUUCACACCGGGGAGAAAGUUUCAAUAAGCUUCAUGCUAGAUAUUUGUCUGUCGCCAUUGCUGAAUGCAAUUUCGAGAGUGACUGUCUCCACUCUGAGGGUGGUGAAUGUCUGUAAAUCCCCACCACAGAGGGCGGUGAAGACUUAGUGAUUAAACAUAGAAAACAUAGUAAUAGGUGCAGGAGUAGGCCAUUCGGCCCUUCGAGCCUGCACUGCCAUUUAUUAUGAUCAUGGCUGAUCAUCCAACUCAGAACCCCGCCCCAGCCUUCCCUCCAUACCCCCUGACCCCUGUAGCCACAAGGGCCAUAUCUAACUCCCUCUUAAACAUUGCCAAUGAACUGGCCUCAACAGUUUCCUGUGGCAGAGAAUUCCACAGAUUCACCACUCUCUGUGUGAAGAAG